AUGGCAUUCACGGGGAGUCUGUUCCUCCGGCAAUUUACAAUACUGUGCUGGAAGAACUGGAUCGUUCUCUCUAAACAUCCGUUCUUGAACAUCCUGCGCUGCUUGUUGUUGCCGAUUGGAUAUGGAAUUUUUCUUUCCGUCGCACAGACAUUCCUUUUAAAGUCAAACAAUUAUGGGUUUGGCUCUCCGAUCUCGGUUUACGAUCUCCAGAGCCAGUUUGACGGCUCUCUAACCUUAAUCUGGGCUGAUGGAACCGAUGGUGCUGGAACAUUCUCUGCGGAACAAGUCAUGGCGCGCAUCACCAGUAACUUCACGUCAAAUCAACUCCAAGCGGUUAAGCAGGUUGCGACACCCGCAGACAUUCCAACACAAUGUCCGCAAAACUUCGACUUGUCCUCUCAGUGCUUUGCUGGUAUUGCGUUCAAUUACCUUCCAAUGAACGCCACAGAUACGACACCAAUCAACUACACCAUAAGUGCUGAUGCUGGACUCGUCUACAUCAAUGUAAUCAGUCAUACUAGUGAUUUCGAGACACGUAUUCUGCCGUUGCAAUGGGCAAUAGACCAGGCAAUCAUAGAGCUUAGAUCUGGGCAGGGAGUACCCACUCCUAUGGAAUGGCCAUAUAGUCUGGAAACCAACCAACAACAGGCCACGGAUAUGAGACUUAGUUUCAUUAGAGGCAUCCGGAAUCUUCUUGUCAUUGCACUGUUUAUUUGUUAUAUCGGGAUUGCGUAUCAUCUUCCGGGGGCAUUCACCAGCGAGAGAGCUAAUCUUCUGACCAGCCACAUGAAAGCUAUGGGUCUACUGGAUACUGCCAGAAUAGCAUCGUGGCACGUUAGUAUCUCUCUAGCAUAUCUUCCCGCAUGGGUUGUCGUUUCUAUCAUAUGGCACUACCGAAUUUUCAGUGCUACCAAUGUCGGCCUGGUGCUUGCUGUGCAUCUUUUAUUUGGAUUCUCGCUUGCCAGUUGGUCCUUCUUCAUCGCAGCUCCUUUUGGCAAGAGUCCUCAACUUGCGGCUGUGGCAACUACAUUCCUCAGCAUCAUAUUUGCUAUCCUCGCGCUAGUCUUGAGCAGAGCUAGCACGAUUGUGGCGACUAUUCUUACCAUAAUCUUCCCGCCUGGAUACUACGUCUUUGCGAUCCGUGCCAUAUGUGGCUGGGAAAACCACCAGAUUCCAACCAACAUCCUGAAGCCAGAUCCGGAUAGCAAUCUAAUUUUGCUGCCCCUGAUCAUUGCCGCCAUUAUUGACGUGUUCCUAUGGCCAUACUUAGGUGUCCUGCUCGAGAGAAGGCUCUAUGACGCCAGAGAGCCGUCCUCGGGCUUUUGGUCAUGCUGCCGCAGGCAGAAAAAGGCUAACAUACCUCCGCAUCCUGAUGGAGUUGCGAUUUCUGUUAGGAAUUUGGGAAAGACGUUUUCCCCUUCCAUGUUACACCGUGAAAAGCGACCGGCCAUUGCCAUCGCGGACUUAUCUUUCAAUGUUCCGAAGUCUGGUAUCUUCGUUCUUUUGGGAUCAAAUGGCGCCGGUAAGUCAACAGCAUUAUCAAUCAUUGCAAAUCUCCUCGGGCGCAGCACCGGAACUGUUACCUUUGAGGGCGGUGUCUCUCGUCCUCCCCGCGGAACGCUUGGCAUCGUGCCUCAGAAAAAUGUUAUAUUUCCUGAACUCUCUUGCUAUCAAACUCUCCGCGUAUGGCGCGCAGUGAAGCAUUCUGCUCAAUCGAUAGACAAAAACGAAGAUUACGAGCAGCUACUGCGCGACUGCGAUCUCGGCAAAAAGAUCCAUGCCAACGCCAGUACUCUCUCGGGUGGCCAGAAGCGCAAGCUACAGCUCGCUAUUGGACUUGUCGGAGGCUCCAAGAUUGUUCUUGUGGAUGAGUGUACAUCCGGCGUCGAUCCAUUAUCCCGCCGGGCGUUGUGGAGGACUUUGACGUCUGUUCGCCUCGACCGGACCAUCGUGUUCACCACUCAUUUCUUGGACGAAGCUGAUCUGUUGGCCGAUAAUAUAGCCAUUUUGGCCGCGCCAGGCAAGUUGGUAGCUGAGGGCACUCCUGUUGCUCUCAAGUCAAACCUCGGGCAGGGAUACAGCGUCCAAGUCAUGUUCGACUCCCCUGAUUUGACUGAGAAGGACCUUCCAACAGAAACUUUGGAUCGUAUUCGCCAAAUUUGCCCCCAGUGCUCCAUGUCACUCUCCUCGCCGAGCCAGGCGUCAUACCACCUCAAGUCGAAGGAUCCUGUGGUUGUGGAGAAGGUCCUCCAGCUCUUAGAUCAGGAACGCGAUGCUCUCCACGUCGCAUCCUGUGAUGUGUUGGGGACGUCCAUUGAAGAUAUCUUCCUGGAUCUCAUGGCCCGUCAAACUCACGGUGUCUCCCUGGAUAGCACCGAGAAGUCCAUUUCAAGUUCAGGUGGCAUUUCUGAGCCCAUCCUGGCUAAGUUGACCGACGGCCCAUCUGCUCCACCUGGAGCCCUUCAACUUACCGAUGGGCGACCUCGUUCUCCUCUUAGUCAAGCUAUGACGAUAUUCUAUAAGCGCGCAUUAAUCGCUCGCAGGAGUUGGCUGACGCCCUUGUUGGUCGUGCUCAUCGCGGUUUGCGGUUCAUGCAUCCCGCUAGUCUUCCUGUCUGGUCAGGAAACAACAUGCACCACAAAGUUCCAGAACGAGUCCGUCAUUUCGUUGUACUUCCCCGAGUCGCCUAUCUACUAUUCAGCGUCUGGACCUGGUACCCACAUCUUGGAGUCACCCCCGAAUAUCAUUGCACUUCUCGGAACAACUGCCUCAUUCCUGAAAACGGAAAACAUCCCCAACAAUGCUACAUUCGUCUCAACAAUUAACCGAGACUACCUUAACUUGACGUUUGGUGGGAUAUCGAUAGAUAUGCAGACGGGUGAUUCGUUAUUCGCGUGGGAGGCAACCCCGCCCGGUUUAACUGGUCCGACCAUGAUGAAUCUGGUGACAAAUAUACUGUACAAUCGGGCGUUGAACAUAUCUGGGAACGUUGCAAGCACGCCAAGCCUCAUUUACGCGAGCUAUGCUGCUUUCCCUCAUCUUGCUGCAGGGACUCUAACUGACCUCAAGUGGGUGGCGUUCUUCGGAGCGGCUAUGGCUGUCUUCCCUGCGUUUUUCUCCCUCUAUGUCUCAAGAGAGCGAAGAUCAGCCGUGCAAGCAAUGCAGUUAUCGAACGGUCUUUCAAAUCCCAUUGGGCUUUGGAUUGGCCACCUCCUGUGGGACUCGAUAUUCUCGGUGACACUAGCUACAAUCAUUAUCAUUAUAUUCGCUGUCGCUACGAAUCAGUUCAGCGGCCUUGGUUUCUUCUGGCUCGUCCUAGUUUUGUAUGGCAUCGUUGGCGCAUUAUUCGCGUACUGCGUGUCGUUGUUCAUGUCGUCACCACUGACCUCUUUUGCAGUGGUGGCAGGAUACCAAAUCGUCAUGUAUAUUAUGUACUUGGGUGGAUAUCUCCUGACGCUGACGUAUGCGGUACCGUCUCAAUCUGGUACCAUCAUCACGAUCAUCCACUUCACGUUCUCGGUGUUAUCACCAGUGGCUAGUAUUAUGCGUGCGGCCUUUGUCUCAGUAAAUCUCUUCUCGCUGCUUUGCAACGGCACAACUCCCGUGACUACGGGAUCACUUGGUGACAUUCUGCGUUAUGGAGGUCCCAUCGUCUACCUCAUCGUAUAUGGUCUUAUCCUGUUCGCUAUUCUCGUAUGGGUCGAUUCUGGGUCAAUCAUCCCUCGUCGAUUCCUCAAUACAAAGGGACGACGAGUGCAAAUGGAUAAGCUGCAGGCCAACUUUGAGGCCAACAGACAAGACGUUGCCGCUGAAGCGCGUGCGGUGGCACACUCCAGUGACGCGCUGCGUCUUCUCCAUCUUACCAAGACAUUUGGGGGCAAUAAAGUCGUUGAUGACGUGUCUUACGGGGUGUCUCGGGAUACCAUUUUUGCUAUGCUUGGGCCUAACGGGGCUGGCAAAACUACAACAUUCAACAUGAUUCGUGGCGAUAUUGUUCCGGAUAUGGGAGAUGUGUUGAUCAAGGGGGUAUCAGUGUUGACAUCUCCGAGGACUGCACGUCUAUCUUUAGGAGUCUGCCCGCAGUUUACUGCAAUCGACUCUCAGUUGACCGUUCGGGAACACCUCAUGAUCUAUGGACGUCUCAAAGGCCUGAACAGGGGCUAUGAGCUAAAAACAAAUGUCGAGGCACUCAUGGUUGCUACAUCAUUACAUAUGUAUGCUGACCGACUAGCGAGUCAACUGUCCGGCGGGAAUCAGCGCAAGCUCUCUCUUGCUAUCGCCCUUAUUGGUAACCCCUCUGUUAUUCUCAUUGAUGAGUUCUCUACGGGAGUGGAUGCGAAGAUGAAGAGAGACAUGUGGGGCACUCUCCGAAACGUCGCUGUCGGAAAAGCAAUUGUUAUCACGACACAUUCCAUGGAAGAAGCUUCAGCUCUGGCAAACAAGGUUGGCAUAAUAUCUAAACAAUUACUGGCUGUUGGUACUAUCGACAGCCUGGUCUCGCGUUAUGCCACGUACCAAGUGCAUUUCUCUUGUCCAACACGAGAGGACGCGAUUAGAGCUCAGGUUCUCAUGAGUCAGAUUCCAGGCUCCCGUCUAGCCGACGAUGUUGCCACGCGCUUCGAAGUUCCUAUACAAGAAGGCCCUGGCAGCGGACUCACCCUUGCGCAAUUAUUCCAUAUUCUCUCAUCCCAAGGCGAUUUCCAGGAGUACAGUGUAGAAAAAGCAACACUAGAGAGCGUGUUCCUGAAGGUUAUUAGAGGAAAUAAUGUUUUAGAGGACGAUUCCCCUAGAAGACGACGCAGGUUUCGAUUAUGUUAG